AGCUGAGGCGUCUUCAUUCAUGAGGCAAACUGCGAGGUGGAUCCUGCGCUGCCGCUUGCGCUUCACUGACACUCACUAUUACUUUGGACAAUGCUGCGAGUCAGGUGUCUGAGAGGAGGUAGCAGAGGGGCCGAGGCUGCCCAUCUGAUCGGAGCCAUGCUCGGCCGGGCGGUGACUGGAUGGGCGCAGAGGGCCUUCCAGAGCACUUCGAGCGCAGCAGCUGCACAGUCCCAGCGUGCAUUGGACGAAGAACAUGUUACUGAGCCCCUGCAGCAGGAGUGUCCUGUGUGCAGUUACAAUGAAUGGGACCCUCUGGAGGAGGUGAUCGUGGGACGUGCUGAGAACGCCCACGUGCCUCCCUUCACUGUGGAAGUGAAAGCUAACACAUAUGAGAAGCACUGGCCCUUCUACCAGCAGUAUGGGGGCCAGUCUUUUCCUGAGGACCACUUGACAAAAGCUGUUGCCGAGAUUGAAGAAAUGUGCAAUAUUCUGCGUCACGAGGGCGUCACUGUGAGAAGGCCAGAACCAUUGGACUGGUCCAUGGAGUACACAACUCCAGACUUCACCUCAUCAGGUAUGUACGCUGCCAUGCCCAGAGACAUCCUCAUGGUGGUGGGGAAUGAAAUCAUCGAGGCUCCUAUGGCCUGGAGGGCUCGCUUCUUUGAGUACCGAGCUUACAGACCUUUGAUCAAGGAGUACUUCAGAAAAGGUGCUAAAUGGACCACAGCUCCCAAACCCACGAUGGCCAACGAUCUGUACGAUCAGGACUACCCCAUACGCACAGUGGAGGACAGACACAUUCUGGCCGCCCAGGGGAAGUUCGUGACCACAGAGCACGAGCCCUGCUUUGAUGCAGCAGAUUUCAUCAGAGCUGGGAGGGAUCUUUUCGUCCAGAGGAGUCAGGUUACAAAUUUCAUGGGAAUUGAGUGGAUGCGUCGUCAUCUGGCCCCAGACUACAAGGUCCACAUUAUCUCCUUCAAGGAUCCGAACCCCAUGCACAUCGAUGCCACGUUUAACAUCAUCGGGCCGGGACUGGUGCUGUCAAACCCUGAUCGCCCUUGCAACCAGGUUGACAUGUUCAAGAAGGCCGGCUGGACUAUUGUGAAACCACCAACACCUUUGAUUCCUGAUAACCACCCGCUGUGGAUGUCCUCCAAGUGGCUGUCCAUGAACGUCCUGAUGUUGGAUGAGAAGCGUGUUAUGGUUGAUGCCAAUGAGAGUACCAUUCACAAAAUGUUUGAGGGUCUCGGUAUCAAGACCAUAAAGGUGAACAUUCGUCAUGCCAAUUCCCUGGGUGGUGGCUUCCACUGCUGGACAACCGAUGUCCGCCGCCGUGGUACCCUGCAGUCCUACUUCCACUAGCCUUGCCAGAAAUAGGCAGUUUUUAUUGAGCUUUGAAGAUUUUAGCCUAAAUCCCAAAUCUUAAUAGCACUCUAAUGAUCAAAUCUUUAUUGUCCGUGAAUCAAGUUUACGCGUGUGUGUUUGGGUUUCACCUGCUGCAAAGUCAACAAGUCUAACAUGAACUAACGAUGAGGUGAUCUCAGGAUGCCCGCUGGCAUCUGGAUUUGGUCUUUAUGAACACGUUUGAAUUGUUUUGAUUUGACACUGCUGCCUUUUUUGCAAACAGCUUUGUUCAGAUAUACGCUCAAUUAGCAACAAAUGAACAUCACUUUACGUAAAUCAGUAAUCUCAAUAUCAACUGCAUUUCUGGCCUGGCUAUUGUGAAGCUGCAUAGUUUAUGACUUAUACACCUGAAAGUCAAAACUUCGAGGACAAGGUACAAUUUGGUAUGUGAUAUUCAUCAGAUAAGGGCACAGGAGGAAAGAUGCUACCUCCUCUUUAAAAGUCAGUAACCAUAAUUUUGUCUUUUACCAAAGUAUUUUUUUAUUUAAAAGAAUGUAUAAAAGUCGUUACGUAGGUCAUUAAUCAAUACUGAUUUCUUUUCACUAGUAUAUUAUUAAAGUAUUAUUCAUAUUUUUCAUACUCUUUAUUGGAUUUCCCGUCAAAUAGAUGUUUUUAUAUAUUUACUUAAAAAGUAUGCGGUCCAUAUCAGAUGUUGUAUACCUUCUGCCUCUGCUGUUUUCUUCUACUGUAAACUGGGCCAGUUAUAUGCUGCUAGUCAUUCUCAGUACUUGGCUGCUUGUGUGUGUGUGUGCAACGCAAAAAUGCCUUAAAACUGUUUUGUUGUGAAGAUUUGUGUUUUAUAAUUCCUUUGCUGCAUAUACAGUUGGAUUCAAUGAUGGUGACAUCUUCAAGGCUGCCUUGAUUUUUCUUUUGAAACGAAUUCUUGGGAAGUUACAGCUUAACAGAGGAAUGCACGCGAUGUUUUGUAAUAUGCAACAUUAUUAAAUGUAAUUAAAGAGUGUUGUGUGUGA